UCUCGCACUGGAAUGUCGAUCAGUAAUUUUAUUUUCGUUGGUUUUUUUCUUGGCACCACAGUGGCCCUAAUUUUUCCUCAACACAAUUGCCCCGAAUAUUUUACGUAUGGCAUAGAGGAAAAUGAGUCUUAUAUAGGGGUGUUCACUGCUAAAGAACCAGCGAAUAUCAAAUUGAAUUUUAGUGUGAUGUUCGCGUGGCAAGGCUCUGCUAUGAUCAUUCCCAUGGAACUGUACCCCAAUAACAAAGAAGCCGCAAAAAAUAUUAAAUUAGGAAAGCGUGCUCAGAUAUAUUUCCGUUUCGAUGAAGUCUCCGAGAUGCUGCCUGUGCCACAUAUGUUCAUUUUUAAUGAUGAGUUAUUGUGCAACACAGAAUUAAAUGCGACUUCUUAUAACCUAUAUCCGGUUGACGUAAUAAUACCCCGAUUUGAAAAUAUUCAGCAAGUCCGAAACACUCUUCCGAAAAUGCAUCCAAUCUUUCCGAGAAUACAACCCGUAAUCAACAUUGAAUAACGUAAAAAAUACAUUUUAACAAUAUGUGAAAAAGUUUUUAUACUAAUAAAAAAUAAGUACUUUUCAAA